AUGUCUGCUUCUUAUAUUCGUCGUGAUACACUUGUCUCUAAUCCUUGUUCUUUAUCCAUACUUUCUGGUUCCUCAUCUAUAAGCGCCAAUGAACAUAAAGAUAUUUCAUCACUUUCUACGAUUAGAUCUUAUCCUGAUCAAGCAAUGCCUUCAAAACAUAGUAGUAGUAGUCCAUCAGGUGGUCAAUCACAACAAGGCACUACUAUUCAUUCACCGAAAAUGUCACCAGACUCAACUUUAAUUCAACUUUCUACACCAAGUUUUGUUUCUUAUUUAAAUUCUACGACGAGUCUUGGAAUAUCAAGUGGAAAUCCUAUUACAUGUGAUAGUUUUCUUCGAUCAGCACUUUUAUCCGAUGGUUUAGAAAAACAAUGUGUUGGAAGUUCAACAAAUCUUACUGUACCAAAUUUUCAUGAUCCAUCUACAUUAUCAAGUGUUCAGCCCUGUUCAUUAUUACGUCCUCGUGCUAUGACAACAUCAAAUGCUUCAAGAUCUGGUACACCGAUAGGAAAUACACCUACAUCGGGUUCUUCAGCAUGUGCAUCAGCUCCGACUAGUACGACUCCUAUUAAAAAAUCUUCAAGACGUAAUCCUUGGGGUUCUGAAACGUAUUCCGACCUUAUUUCAGUUGCUAUACGUUCUUAUCCAGAUAAACAAGCAACAUUACAACAAAUUUAUGAUUUCAUAAUUACACAUUAUGAAUAUUUUCGAGAACGUAGUGAUCCAACAAGUUCUGCUGGAUGGAAGAAUUCAAUUCGUCAUAAUUUAUCAUUACAUGAUCGAUUUACCAAAUGUCCAAAAUCAUCUGAUAAUACAAAAUCCUCCUAUUGGAGAAUUAAUCCUGAUGUAGCAGCUAAGCCAUAUGUACGUCGACGUGCUUGUUCAAUGGAUACAACUAAUUUAAAAAGGCCAGGAUCAUCAGGUCAUUAUGGUAAAAUGACUAAUCGAUCAGGUGGUGGUGGCGGUGCUUCUCAUCGUAAUGUAUCCAGUAAUUUGUCUAGUAGUCAUCAUCGUAUUCAUCAUGUGCCUUCAGCCGAUAAUACUACUAAUAAUACUAAUACUAAUGACGCCAUGACUAAAUCAUCUUUAUCACCGGUUUGUGAAUUACAACAUCCACUAGAUAUGAAUUAUUCAUCAUUGAAUAAAUUGACUGGGAAUCGUUCAACUAUUGAAUGUAAUAAAGAUUAUAGUGAAACAAAUAUACUUCAUCGUUUAACUUCAUCCACAUCACCAUCUAUUGAUCAUUGUAAUGCUGCAACGAAAUCAAUGAAUUUUUAUAAUAAUAAUAAUCAAAAUAAUAAUAGUUCAAUACCAACUUGUAUUAGUGCCCAUUGGCAAAAUGCAAAAUCUUUAACUCAGCAUCAUUUAUCUAAUUCGCAUGUAUACAAUACAAAUCCUUCCAAUGGUGGUGGGAUGUUCAACUCAGGAUUCACUGGUUUAUCAUGUUCCACAGAUCAACCGCCAAAUCGAUGUCGAACAAGUGGAUUAAUUGAACAAUUAUUGCGUAAUGAUCAAAAUAUUGGAGUAAACAAUAAUAUGUCUUCUUCAUCCAUGAUGCAUCAUCAUACUAUUGAUCGAUUAUCAGCAUCAGCAUCAUCGGAUCAUUUUAUGAGUAAUUCAUUUCUUCCAUGUCAUUCAAGUAAAGGAUCGUUUACAGGAGGUGGUAGUUCAUUGCAACAAAUGGAUACAGAUUAUCUAUUGAAUACAACAGAUACAACACCACAAUUAGAGAUUAUUCGACAACAAUCAUCAUCAUUUCAUCCUAGUGCAUUGCUUAAUCAUAUUCAUUCAUCACGUGUCUCAUCCUCAUCAUCCUCGUCGUCGUCAGUGGCUGCUGCUGCUGCUGCCGCCGCAGCUGCUCAUCAUUUAUUACCUGUACCAUUGUUAACAACAACUGAUCAUCAUCAUCAUCAUCAUGGUCCUGGUUCUGGUUCUGCUUCUACAGCUGCGGCGGCGGCUGCUGCUGCAGCAGCGGCAGCUGCUCAAUCUCAUUGGCAAGCUUAUCGUUCUGUGAAUAAUUCAUUCUAUCCAAUAACAACACCACAUCAUAAUACAAUGAAUAAUUUUACCAAUCUACAAUCAUCAUCGACACCAGUAAAUCAAUUCACAUCAUCGUCAUCAUCAUCAUUUUAUGAUAAUUCACAUUUAAUGCAUUCAACAACAACCACCACGACCACCACCACCACCACCUGCUUGUCACCAUCAUCAUCCGGUUCAUGGCGUCAUUCACUUGGUUUAGAUAUGCGUUUAUUUAAUAGUGAUUCACAACGAACUGAUUCAAUUACACCUUUAUCUACAUCAUCUUGUUCAGGAGGAGGUGGAGGAGGAGGAGGACAUAACGCUAUGGAGACUGGGAAUAAUAGAUCAUCAUCCGGUGGUCCAGUAACACCACCGGAUCUUAUGUAUUUUCCACAAACUACACCAUUCGGUGUGUCCGAUCCUCAUCAACAUCCACAUCAUCAGCAUCAGCAUCAUAUUGAAUCAUCAUUCCUACAACAACACCAACACCAACAAGCACAAAUGAUGAAACAAGCUAAUCAAACUGGCAAUGUAUUAUUAUCUGAACAAUUAUGUCAUUCCGGACGAGUUAGUCAAUCUUCUGUGACAAAUUAUACAACACAACAACAAUGUUCAUCAGCAUCCGCAUCAUCGUCAACAUCUGCAUUCACUGCAAAUCCCGCAACACAAUCUCGAUCCACUGAUGAUGAUCGUACAACAUAUAGAGAUCUGAGACAAUAUAUUGAACCGUAUACCUCGUCCUAUGAUGAUGAUUGUGAACCGUUAGAAUUAGAGUUGAGUUUAGAAUUGGCUGAUCGAAUUGUUGGGAGUACUUCGACCACAGUAAAUAAUAAUAGUACUAAUAAUAGUAGUAGUAACCCAAUCACUUCCAGUUUUUGAUAUUUUAUUUUAAAAAAUAUGAAAAUUUCACCGGAUUUUAGCGAAGAAGUAAUUGUUACUUCAUCUUCCAACGAAAUUUGAAGGCAGCUUGAAUGAACCUCAGUUUCAAUUUCAGUUUUUUUUUUAUGAAUCCUAUUCUCUUCUCUUCUCUUCUCGUCUCUUCUUUGUUUAUGUGUCAUCUUCUACUUGUUUGAGAUAAAACUUGUUCAGGACAGUUUUUUUUUCUAUUUACUUCAUUUAAUGAUGAUCGUCUGUUUAUUUUCUAUUUUCACUUCUGAUACAACACUAUCAUCUCGUCUGAAAGAAACCGUAAUUAUCGAUCAACCUCUAGCGCGCAAGCCAGUGCAUAGAAUCCAGUUGUCUUUCCAAGAUAGUAGUAAGAAAGAGAAGUACAAGAACAUCUUGGUUUUUUGGUUUUGGUUUUUUCUUUGUGCGUAUGUGUGUGUGUGUGUCUGUGUAUACUUUCUCUUGCCUAACUGAACUACUGGUAAAAAAAUCUCAUUCAGGUAUUUUAACUACAACAUAUUCUUUAUAUACAUAUAAAGCGCCGUAUUCCCCCGAUCCCCCUCGUUUAACUAACCUUAAUGUGAAUAAUUCGGUUCAAUACUCUUUAUUUAUACGUACUACAAGUUGAAUUUAUUUCCUUUUAAAGAACAACCGGUUAUUCACAUUAUUGAAUUCAGGUAAUUUUAAUUUAUA